CAAAGUCCUCGCCGGCGAUAUACGAACCCUAGAUUCCGUUAGCCGUCGAUCAUCCAGCAAUGUCGUCGUUCAAUCCAUUCUCUACCCCACAGCGACAUCAGCAGACACCUCAAUCACCGUUUCAGACUCCGCAACAGACGCCUCAGCCGCAGAGCAUCUCCUUCUUCUCUCAUCCGCAACCGCAGCAACAGCAACCACCGUCGUUUCAGCCGCAACAGUUCCAGCAGCAGCAGCUGUAUUUGUUCACGAACGAUCAAGCUCCGGCGAGUUACAGCACCGAAUGGACUGAUCUUCAUCCCGAUUCUCAGAAACUUCUCCUUGAGAUUGAAAAGAAGAUACUGGAGUACAGUAGUGAAAGCCAGAGGUUAGAUCAAUGCAAUCGUCUUGACGAUUUGUCUCUAUCCAGUGAAGGCUUUGGGUUUGAUGCAAGCCGCAUUGUUCAGGAGCUUGGUGGGAUUAAUACUACCAUGGACAGACAGAAAGCUGUUCUCCACGAGCUUAUGUUGGCUGUUAAAGAUAUGUUUCGUAACUCAGAGGUUGCUGUUGGGUCUUUCAUGAUGCUACAGCCAAGAUCCCGACGUUCUAAACCAGGAGGAGGAGGAGGAAGAGGAGCUGUUGUUGUUAGUGGUGGUGAUUCUCAGCAACCUCAGGCGCAGGGAGUUAACUCAGCUCCAGCUUCCUCUGGUGAACAACAAGCAGUUCAAGUUUCUUACUUUUACCGUGGGAUCCCUAAGAAGCCUACAGCUUUUCUUCUCCAAACAGUUGUGAGAUUUGAGAAGUAUCUUGGCCAGUGCCGGCAAUGGGUUGAGGAGCUGGAGCAGUUACUUGCUUUGGAUUCUGACAAGUAUAAUCGACAUGUUUUAGUUUUGGAAUCUCUUCCGAAUGUCAUGUCUAAUGUGCAUGCCUUCUUUGUUCAUGUGGCUGCUAAGGUAGAGAAUAUUCACCAGUACAUUGAAUCGAUGAGAACAGCGUAUCUUGCUGACCAGCGACGGAGAGGAGAAUGCAAUGAUCCGUUUCUUGAGGCUGAUCGAAGGGAAACAGCGAAACAGGAAGCUGCUGCUAAGAGGGUCCACCCAACUCUCCAUCUACCUGUUGCUACUAGUACAAGAACACAAGUUACUGGGUUUAUUAAUAACUCAGCGACUCCAGGGUCUUCAAAUGCUCCACAAACACCUGCAGCCUUACCAAGGUCAGGAGCUGGCUUGUUUCCUGACACACCUGCUUCAGCACCUUCGUCUUCUCUCGUUGCUACACCAGUUAGACUAGUUUUCGGUGCUCCACCAGCUUCUGGAUCUUUGUUUGGCCCGCCAUCUCCAUCAAAUCCUGCUACGCCUCCACAGUUUGCAGGUCCUUCACCUGGUUCAGGAGCCAAGUUCAGUUCUCUGACAAGACCUUCCAGGUUCAAAUCCCGAACUUCACGACGUUAGACAAAAGCCUUGAGUUCAUCGUGUUUCACUUGCUGGUUUGGUGAAAGUUGAAAAACAGAUCACUCAUUCAUUGAAUUGAUGAUUGUAUGUUCUCAAAAGUAGAGUCACAGGGAACAAAAGUGAAUAGUGUAUCAUCUAGAAAGUGUUAUUGUCUUCAUGAAGAGGACGACAUGUUUCUCUUGAAUAUAUCAAUCUGUGAAUAUUUUACCUAACUA